CAAACCAAACGCCGAAUGCUUGUCUGCUCUGCGAGACAAGCAAUUUGCCAUCAAAUGCGCCCAUGCGGCCGAAAUUUAUCUUUUGGAAUUGCAUUAGGCUACUGUACACUAGGGGCGGAUUUUGACCUCGCAACUCUCAAAACAUCAUUAAUCUGCGGAUGACAUUCAGGCAUAGACCGCUGCUGGAUUUAUUUCCCGAAAUGAAUUCCGCUGUUGAACCGAAAACGUCAAAACAGCAAGAAAAUUGUCAGGCUAGAAUAAGACAAGAGCUAAAAAGUCUUCGGGUAUGACGGUUAAAAUGCGGGUUGGAAUUGUAUCACUGCACUAACGUAGCAAUUUAUUGUAGCUAUGCAGGCCUUAAUACUGCAUUUGCCCACAGAUUCCAUCCACCAGUACUACCUGACAUCCACGAGCGUGUCUGUGUAGUCUAUUGCAGUCAUUUUUGCUUAUAGGAUUUUUACGGGACAAAACUUGUGGCAAUCUAAUGUUGACAACUAAGCUGCUUUGGGAGAUCUAUUAUAUCGGCCAAAUAUUAUCGACGAGAUACGACUUGGUCCCAUUGUCAUUCAAUGUACAAUAGUGCUAUUCCAAAGCUUCCCUAUGGAUGAGCCUGGGAAUGACUUCAAUGGAUCUCUUUGGAAGUGCAAGGCAGGGAUGUAAUGGAUUGGUCCCAUGGCCUGCCAGCUCCCUCUUCCCAGUAUGUCCAGCUGUGGCAAACCUCCCCCACUCUCCGGAGAAGGGUCAGGCUCUAACUCUCUGGCAUGGGUCAAACUCUUCAAAAAGCCUGGAGGUGUUGGUGGGGGUCUGGGGAAGUCCUAUCAGCCUGGGAGCAUGUUGUCUCUGGCUCUCACCAAAGGCCUUCUGAACGAACCAGGCCAGAAUAGCUGCUUCCUCAACAGUGCCGUACAGGUGCUAUGGCAGUUGGACAUUUUCAGGAGGAGUUUGAGACAGCUUCCUGGUCAUUUUUGUCUAGGGGAUGCCUGCAUUUUCUGCGCUUUAAAGAGUAUUUUCAGCCAGUUCCAGGAGAGCCGAGAGCGAGCGUUGCCUUCAGAUAGCCUGCGCCACGCCCUUGCCGAAACCUUUAAGGACGAGCAACGCUUCCAACUAGGCCACAUGGACGACGCUGCAGAGUGCUUUGAGAACAUUCUGGAGAGAAUUCACCUGCACAUAGUUUCUGACACAGCGACUGAGGCCUGCACAUCCAAGUCCUGCAUUACCCACCAGAAGUUUGCCAUGACACUUUAUGAACAGUUUGUAUGUCGUAGUUGUGGCGCCUCCUCGGACCCCCUUCCUUUCACAGAGCUAGUGCAUUAUGUUUCCACCACAGCCCUAUGCCAACAGGUGGGCCACGUCCUGGGGAAGAACGACAGGCUUCGGUCGGACAUGUUCGGGGAAUUGCUGCAGGCGGCAAACACCAUCGGUGACCUACGGAACUGUCCGAGCAACUGUGGCCAGAGCAUCAAGAUCCGUCGGGUUCUCCUGAACUGCCCAGAGAUCGUCACCAUUGGCUUCGUGUGGGACGCAGAGCAGUCUGACCUUACAGAGGAUGUGGUUAGGUCACUGGGUCCACAUCUCAACCUCUCGGGGCUGUUCAACCGGGUCACUGAUGAGAACGCCAAAAGGAGUGAGUUACGUCUCGUGGGAAUGAUUUGUUUCUCCAGCAAACAUUACUCUGCGUUCGCUUAUCACACCAAGUCCUCAAAAUGGGUCUUCUUUGAUGACGCCACCGUGAAAGAGAUCGGAUCCAAGUGGAAAGACGUGGCCUCUAAAUGCAUCCGGGGACAUUUCCAGCCACUGCUCCUGUUCUACACAAACCUGGAGGGGACCCCAGUCUCCAGCGAGGACGCACCCAGACAAACAACCAUGUGUCCCCGCUUUAAAGCCAACAUCAACGGGGAAGUGCCAGCAGGGAUGAAGAAGCUGGAUGCCGUCCGGGAGAAAGCAGGCCCACUCCGCUCCAACCAGGGGCCCUAUAAGCAGAUGCUACCUCCACCCUCCACCUCAGGCUACAAAAGAGUGAAAGGCCCACCUGCUAGUCCCAACACAUUCCGGGAUCCUUCCAAGGAGACUUCCCAGAGGGUGGUAGAAGGGAUAAAGAAAGAGGCCGAAAGAGGGCAUCGAAAACUAGAUCCACACAAAGAUAUGGCCUAUGCCAGAUCCCCUUCUGAGGGCGGGCUGAGGCCGCACGCCGACCAGAGGUUGCGAGGCGGGAGUGGGGCCCGGGCUGACAAGUUGUCAUCCUCCCACCAGAACAGAGCUUCCCAGGACCCACGCUUUCAAUCCGGUGCCCCUGGUGGACACAGUUGGAGACAGGAAACCUCCCCUGGUCGCCAAGAACAGGACGGCAGCCAGGAUGCGUGGGAGAAGGAUGGCGGGUCGGGAGCGGGCCGCAACAAAGCCAAGCCCUCCUGGAGGCCCAUCCGGGAAGUUCUGAACGUGGACAGCGUCUUGAAUGACCUUGAACGACGGCAACAACAGCAGCAGCACGGCGGCGGUGGUGGUAGCCCCCGGCUCUCUAAACCCUCCUGUCAGGAGAGGCCUCACGGCAGCGAACGGGACAACCGGGACUGGGAAAAAGAGCGGGAAAGGGAUAAAGAGCGGGAACGGGAGCGUCUCAGGAUAAGGGAAGAGCGCAAGCAGCAGAAGUGCUUGAUGACGAUUUACGAGGACGAGCAGCGGCAGGAGACAGAGAGCCACAGCUCCCUCGAAUCGGAGGGCAGGGCAAGUGGGCACGGAGACCAGGGUGGUGUAGGGGGUGGGAGCAGAGGUGGAGGGAGGGCCAAGGGCGGGCCCAAAGCCCUGUUGCGCAGCGACACCUGGACAAUCCAGAGGACUGAGUCGGGAUACGAGAGCAGCGACCGGCUGAGCAGCGGCUCCACCAACCCUGACUCGCCCGGGGUAGACAGCUUUGCCGGGAAGGAGCAGCGGUUGACACCAGAGGUGCAGUCUCAGAGCAGGGGUCAACUUCACCCAAACAGAUGUGAUUCAAAACCUGAUGCGGUACACUCCUCUUUGUAUCAAGGCAAACAUCAACUGACAACUCAGGGAAAGAACUGCGACCAUCAAGUUUCACAUCUCCUGAAAAGUAGUCCAAGUUCAAGGCGAAAAUGUAGAUACAGCUCUGGCAGUUCUAAGAAAGGAGCAGGUCUAGAGAGGGACGCUAGCUCCUCAGACAACAGGAGUAGUCACAUGAUGGGAUCGCCAGAGAUGAGUAACAACAACAGAGGUGGUCACCAUGGCGACAGCCCCGCCGUGCGGCGCUUGGGUAAAACCAGCAGCUCGGAGUGGAACAGCUCUGACGACCUGGCUGGAAAUCUCUCGGAACCAGAGGACAGUGCCUACCACUCCAGCAACAUCAAGCCCCCUCUGUCCGAGUCUCCCUGCCCCUGUCCCCCCCACCACCUGGCCUUCCACCAACCCCCCCAUAUCGAACUGGAAGAACCCUCAUCUCAACAUCAGCCCUCCAUGCCGUCACUGCCUCACCCUAAAGCCGCCCAGCGAGCUUCCCCUCACCAGGGGGAUGUUGGCCGCCAUUGCUUCCGUCCCAGGCUACUCCAAGAGCCCUCCCAGACCAGCCCCCGGCCCAGCGUCCGGCCCACCCCGGCCUCACAUACCCCCAGCCCCAACCAGAGGUCGGAAUCCAAUGGCCCUCUGCAGAGGCCCUUGUCGAGUGCCAGCUCCAAGUCGGGCUCGGACCCAGAGAGGAGCAACCCGUCGUCGGGCGAAAGCGAGGAGAGGCUCCCCAUCUGCAGGCCACCUGGAGCCGAGUCAGCGGUAGCCCAAGGGGUUUCCCUCACCACGUACUUCAGCGUGGACAAUUGCAUGACAGACACAUACAGACUUAAGUACCAUCACCAGCGACCCCUCCUACUCUCAGCUAUCAUGCCCAAAACACCAACGGAGCCCGCAGAACACCCCAGCCACCACCUGCACCCUGCAAACACACACUCCAUGCUAGACCCACCCAAAACCCGGCCUGAUGCAGGCCAUAACAGCAAUAAGCCCACUGCAAAAUGGAACCCAGUGACAGCCAAAGGACUGGAUGAGCGUGGCUAUUUGUGACGAUAUUACCUGGUCUGAUGUCCAUAUAAAAUAAGCUAUUGAACUGGAUGCCAAAGAGUCUGCUGGCUGGAAAAGUGUUGCUCCCAGAACUUCAACUGUAAUCAGUGUCAAAUGUCAAAUCACUGAUGCACUGUGGGUUACUGAAGUACUUCUAUGUAUUUUAAAGUAAGAUACAGUUUGAUAGUGCACUGUCAGAGAAAAAAUGUACCUAUGUUGAUAGAUGAGUUGGAAAGGGCAGUCCAAGUCAUAAUACAGUAAAAUAUAAUGAUUACCUGUUGAGUAUACACUCUAUACCUUUUGGUUUAAGGUAAUGUGCAUCUCUGAUUGUGUAGCCAACACAAAUUCUGUUUCCGAAUAUAAGAGGCAAAUUCAGCAAUCUCAUAAUACAAACACUAUCAUUGUGUUUGUAUACUUGUUAUCCUGCUGAAUAGACAACUGUAAUAAUGUUAGCCAACCUGCAUGAGGACUUAUAAAGAGGUAACAAUAGUGAUGUGUACAGUAUGAGCAUGCGCAUGGCAUACUUUACAUUUGUAUCCAACCGACAUCCAAAUUCCAAUUGGUUUAUGUUAUUGGGUCUACUUAAAUGAUAUCUACACUUUUUUGACCUGCCUCAAUUUUUCCACAUACAGUACCAUGCAAGUACUUUAUAGGGCAGGAGAGACAUCAGAUUUAUUUCAACCACUGCUAACUUGACCAACUUUAGCCACUGCUAACCAAAAAGUGAAAGGAAUGAUAGGGUAAAGCUCACUAUGUUCAGAAUUAGAAUUAGAAGUAACUUCAAUCAAUCAAAUGUCUUUAUAAAUACCUUUUUACAUCAGCAGAUGUCACAAAGUGUGUAUACAGAAACCCAGCCUAAAACCCCAAAACAAGCAAUGCAGGUGUAGAAGCAAGGUGGCUAGGAAAAACUCCAUAUUGCAGCAUAGAUACUGGAGACUGAGACGGGGGGUCGGGGACACUGUGGCCCUGCCCGACGAUACCCCCAGGCGGGACCAACCAGGCACGAUGUAAUCUCACCCACUUUGACAAAGCACAGCCCCCACACCACUAGAAGGACAUCAACAGACCACCGACUUACUACCCAGAGACAAGGUGGCGUAUAGCCCACAUAGAUCUCCCCCACCACACAAGCCCAAAACCGGACAGGAAGAUAACGUUGAGUAUAGCGGAAAAAAAGCCUUGCACGACGUGAUGCACCUCUCUUAGGGACGGAAUGGGAGAGCACUAACAAGCCAGUGUAGAGAGGGGAGCCGGCCAGACAGAGACGGCAAGGGUGGUUUGUCACUCCAGUGCCUUGCCGUUCACCUUCACACCAGUGAUUUGAAGGUAUUUGAGUUGAUUUGGUCGUGCAAUUUUGAACAUGAUGAGCUUGCCCCUAUCACUCCAAUUGUUCAUAGUGGCUAUUUAAACAAAUCAAACCUGUGGAUGACAGUUUCUUUGCCCCAUAGACUACUUUCAGAGUAAGUGGAAAAAAUAGAGGUAAGUUUGAAAACAGCAAAAAAAUCCUUUAAGUUGUUAUUAUUUAUUGUAUUUAUUUAGGGAGAAGAUAACGGCAGGGAUUCAAUAUGAUCGCGAGUUAUAGCUAUUGCAGCUUUUAAAGCCAAUGUUUCCACAUUCACGGAGAUCCUAUUUACGGUAAAUGCUGCUAAUGUUGUCUCAAUCGGAAAAUAGCGUAAGUCUGAAAAAAGCAUAGUGUUCCAAGGUGUGGGAUACUAUGCUAGCAUGAUUGUGUCAAUAUGUUUUCAUCAAUGUCUAUAACCUACGAUCGGAUUGAAUCCGGGCCAAAGUGUUGGACACUAUGUAAGCAUGAUUGUGUCAAUACGUUUUUGGCAAUGACACCCAUAGUAUCACAAUUUAAGGUGCAAUUUAUUUAAAUGUUGGUAAAUCUGAUAGCAAGUUGCCCUCUAGAUGUUUCUGAAUGAAGCCAAACAAAUAUAAUUCACAUUAGAAUUCAUUUCAUACUGUUUUCAUUGGAUAGGUCAGGGGUCAUUUCCCUGUCAAAAACCAGGAACCAUAACUUUUACCAUAACUUUUUUACAUAAAACAUUUUCACAUUUCACAUUUGUUAAAGGAAGAAAAGUAUUAGGUAAAUAACCCAAUGGGAGAUGGCUUCAGUUUUGGUGAUCCAUAAAACCAUUCAGAUCAUGCUAAUGUGUAAACUUUAAAGGCCCAGUGCAGUCAAAAUCUUGUUCUAUAUAUAUUUCCACACUAUGAGGUUGGAAUAAUACUGUGACAUUGUGAUAAUGAUGAAUAAUAUUCUAGUGUAAGCUGUUUGAAAAGAGCGUCUGAAAUUUCUGCCUGUUUUGGUGGGAGGGAGUAUUGGCCUUCCAUGGUGACAUCAACAUGCAGUAAAUUAGUUAAUAGACCGAGAGAUGGGUCGAAGAUACGAGAGUUCCAAACAUCUCCGCCAUUAACAGCAAAAGCAAAAAAAAAAUCUUCUUUUUUUUGUAGUUUUCCCCUGCUCAAAUCACUCCCAGGCAAUCCUAGCAAAAUUCUUGCUCAAGAAUUUGCCAUUCCUAGUAAGAUAUUUUUGAAAAAUGUUGACAAUUUUAAUUGAAAACAAUCAAAGUAAGGCACUUCAUUGUUACCUAGAAAUUAUUUGAUAUUGAGAUAAAAACAGCUGCAUUUAACCUUUAACACUUCACAGUAUAACACUUUGUUGGUGACAGUUUGCCUGAGGAAACUAUCCUUAAUAUUUUACAUAGGUGGGAUGGUACUUUAUCCAUGGGGAUUUCUGAACACUGCAGCUCAUGAUUUAUGUUGCAAUUUUGCAGCAUUUGGAAAUUGCCUUGGAUCAUGUGUCAUUACAUAUUUAAAAUUUUAUGGUUAGUUUGCUGAUGCAAAGUGCUUCUUUGUGAGAGGAAAAUGUCUCUUGAAAACUUUCCAGAUAUGUCAACUCCAUUGCCUGUUAUAAAAAAUUGCAACAGAGCUACAUUGUAGUUUUAUGGUAUUUAAGUCAUCAAUAGGCAAAACUUAAUUGCGGCUAACUGGGGAUACGUAUGUAGAUUCAUUAACGUAAUGAUUUAUUUUAAUUGCAAUGUUCCUCUAUCCAUUUGCAAUGUGUGCAAAGAACAGGUAAAACAAUUAUGGUUGGGCAGAACCAAAAACAAAACUUCUGAAUCUUGCCCCAUGUCCCAGAGGACCCUGCUACUUUCAGAAGAAAAAAAUCAUUUAAAGGGAUAGUUCACCCAAAUUACAAAAUUACAUGUUGGUCUAUGCAGUCUAUGGACAAGGUGAGACAGCAAUCCGUGCUUUGGUUUUGUUUACCUGGCCACUGUCUCCAAAUGCAGACUUUUUACCAUCUAAUGGCACAAAUUCAAUGCAAGUCAAUAUCCCCGAUAUUAGAAUCUUUUACAUUCAUCAGCAUAAAAUGUAGUGCUGCGUCUAUGUGCACAAAUCUUUAAGAGAAAAAAGCUAUUGAAAACUUAGCAUCUUGGCUGUCCUUUUUCAGUUAUCAAAAAAAAUGUAAUCCAAUUGUGAUCCGUCAUUUGAUUUUUGUAAUUUAUUUAAAUCCAUGCUGCUUCAAAAUGAAUGGUUUUGCCAUUAUGUCUGGUAAAUUUCAUUUUUUGUUAUGACAUUUUGGCAUUCAAAUAAUUUGGGGUAAGACUCAACAAACCGGGACACUAACAACAAUGGAUGUCAUAGUAUUUGCCCACUAAUGUUCCUAGGCUGUUGAUAUAUGAAUCCUCUUUAAUCUUUUUAAGCUCAACAUGAAACUGUGGUCCCAGUUCUCACUGGUAGUGUUUUUAUUUGCUUGUUGUAAAGUUGGUUAUUUCAAUGCUUUACAUUAAUAUAUUCAUGUAAUAUACAGUUUAUUAUUUAUUUAUGUAAGUCUUGCUUCAGCGGAAAGGUUUUAAUUGUUUUUCUCACUGGGUAUUUUUGGGAGUAUGGAUUUUGUAUAUAUUGCUCUGCUGUUAUAUCUGGAGUGCCUUUGCAUUUUUUCCAUGAGAAGGUUUAACAUGUUCCAUUUGAAAAGAAACAUGUACAGUAUAGCUGACUGUGUACACUUUAUAUUUUUGGAGAUGCCUAUGCAUUUAUUUUUAUUCAUUGUUUAAUAAACUUAAAAUUAUGCAAUCA